UAAUCAUGAAAAAAAACUACUAUCGAGAAAAAUAUAUUAUCGAGAUAAUAUAUAAUAAUAUAAUUUGAAAUGCUGCCUCAGUAUAUAUCUUUUUAUUAUUGAAAUGACAUCGUAAUGAAAUAAUACUGUCAAUUCUAACAUUAUUAUUGUAUUAAAGCUUAUGUAAAUAUCACGAUCAUAUUAAUAAAAAUGAUAUUACUUGAUAUUUAUCGAUAAUAUUUGCAUCAUUGGAUUCAAUAUUUAUUUUGAAUGUUUUAUUAUAAUUCGCGCGCUUAAUUUAAACGGCAUUCGAUAUCAAUGAAGAGGGCACUGAGGUAGCAAUACUUAUCUUUCCCAAAAAUUUUUCUGUUAUAAAGGCUUUGUUAACUUUUUAUUCUCUGUCAUCUUAGAUAGAAGGUAGUUUUCUUCCAACUUAGAUAAUUCAUCUUUUAAAAUAUUUCCUUCAUUUUUCUAAAUUUCUUCUUUUUUUCUUGACGAACAUAUGUCAAAUUGAAUAAACCUAAAAUCAAACUUUUUAAUUUUGCUCUUAUCAAAUAUCUAAUCAACGUAAUAUUAUUUUCAAUGGUGUUGUGCACUUACGUAUGUUUUCCUUUGUUUUCAGGAUAAAUCGGUGGUACUUUAAAUAGCAUAUGGACAUUAUCGUCAUCGGAUAUACUCAAUGUGAUAACGAAUGGAAUAUCUUGUGCAGUGUAUGGUUUGAUAAUAGUACGAUUGGUGUGUAUAUUUUAACAUGAAUCAAGGCAAUUAAGUCGUACAUAAAAUUAUUUGGUCAAAAUAAUACAUAAUUAUAAUUUAUAUAAAAAUACCAGUAUGUUUAAUGUUAAAUAUUGAAAAGAAGAUUUUAAAUACUGCAAAGAAGAUAUUAAAUUUAUUGGAUAAACUGGAUGCAAAGCUUAACGUAUAUAAAUUAUAUUAUGUAUCUUUCAAUUAUUUAUGGGGUAACAUAAAAGUGACAAGGAAAAAUAAGAAGUUCAGUAGUUAGUACACUGCAAGAUCAUACCAGAUUUAAAGAAAUGUCUAGGUCAAGUAUUAAAUAUCAAAUAGUUAAGAAGGAUGAUACUUUAUAUUAUUUGUCCUCUCAAAAUACACAAGAUUAUCAAAAUAUACCGAAAAAGGAACCUUGUAUAGGUGCCGUACAAACGAUUUUAAUAAUUUCUAUUUAUUUUGUUUUAUCUAUAGGACUUACUUUUUAUCAGAAAUGGCUUUUCAAAACAUAUGGUUUCAAUUUUCCUCUUGGAGCGGUAACCUGUCAUUUAUUUGUAAAAUUUGCAUUGUCUGCAUUAAUACGUUGUAUUAGAUUAUGUUACAAAGGACCACAAUAUCAUGUCAAACUUACUUGGCAAAAUAUAAUAUGUUCACUAGCACCACCAGGCAUAGCUAGCGGAUUUGAUGUCGCUCUAUCAAAUUGGUCAAUUGCAUUAAUUACGAUAUCUCUAUACACUAUGACAAAAUCCAGUACUAUAGUUUUUAUUCUUGGAUUUUCUCUUAUAUUUAAACUUGAAAAAAAGUCAUGGUCUUUAAUAGCCAUAGUAGCAACAAUAUCAGGGGGCUUAUUCAUGUUCACUUAUAAAUCCACUCAGUUUCAUGUGCUUGGGUUUAUAUUAUGUCUUUUGGCAUCAUUCUCAAGUGGUCUCAGAUGGACUAUGGCUCAAGUCAUAAUGCAAAAAUCUAAAUUGGGUCUUCGAAAUCCAAUAGAUAUGAUUUAUUAUAUGCAACCAUGGAUGUUGCUACCUGUAAUACCUAUUACAUUAUGGUUUGAGGGUCCAGAAAUGUAUAAUAAUCUUAAGAGCAUUAAUUGGAACAAUUUUGAACCAAUUAUGUUAACUGUAGCUGCAGUAAAUUCUGGAGCAAUUUUAGCAUUUGUUAUGGAAAUAACAGAAUUUUUAGUUGUCACAUACACCUCUAGUCUAACGCUUUCUGUUACAGGAAUAUUUAAGGAAAUAUGCAUAUUGAUAUUAGCUUUCGAAUGGAAAGGUGAUCGUAUAAGUGGCCUAAAUUUUGUAGGUCUGUUAUUGUGCCUCGGCGGAAUUAUACUUCACGUUAUUCAAAAAGUAUUAUUUAAUAAAAGUAAGAUUUUACUUCGGACGAGGAAGAUGAUAUUAAAAUGAAAGAAAAUUCUUCUCAAGUAUUAUCAAAUAUUUUACAACGCAGGGAAUGAAUGUAAAUAAAAAAAAAAUCAUAUUUAUUUUUCUUCUUCCAUGGAAUUAAGUAAUUAGCAAUUGAUAUACCAAAUUUUCCACAUGCAAGAAAAAGCAGAAUCGACGCAUAUUCCGUAACUAUUAUAUAUAUAUAUAUAAAAAAAAAAAAAAAAAAAAAAAAACAAAAAGACUAAAAACUAAUAACAAUUUUAAGUUAAACCAGAUAUGAUAAUAUAAUUAUUAAUACUUCCUGUUUUUUAUUGAAGUUAAUAUUGCAUUAAUAAAUUGUUAUAAAAUCAUUCCAUAAAAUAAUUUAUUUAAAGACAAUGCAAGAAAUAUGAAAAA